AUGCUACACUCUCGUGUGCGCCCCCUCCGCCGUCCCCAUCAGGCUACUUCUAUAGCUUCCGCACCCGCACCGGACUUCAAGGACAAUGAUCAGAACGAGAUAGAAGAAACAGCCGAGGAUUUCUUCGAGUCGUCCAUACCGAACCUCUUCCCAGACGAUGCCCCGCGCUUUGGUGAUCUCGAGAUCGCAGUGCCUUCCUACCCGACACAGAACAAAGCUGCCACCGACGAGGGAGAGACGGCCACAAAACAGAAUGGAGGUGCAGAUGACACAGGUCGAGUCCAAGAGGGACGGACACUAUUCGCACAUUUCGUGUGGAGCUCAGGUCUGAUCGCUGCAGAGGGUAUCGAGAAUGCGCAUAUUUACGCGACGGAUCCCACGGCGAUGGGAAGAGAGGCGUACCAGAUUUGGAAUGUCACAGAUCAGAGUGCCGGGCUUCCCUCCCUCAUCAGCAGCCUUGCCAAUGCAUCCACCGUCGUCGCAACGGACCACCCCUUGUCCCCCGCAUUGGCAGGUGCCAUCCAAUUUAAUAUAGACCACAAUCUAUGUAACCUCUCACCAAUACCCCCGGCCAAUGUUUCCAUUCAGCCACAUGAGUGGGGCGUCUUGGACGAUCCAUUUUCCCAACAGAACCGAGGCGCCUUCACCCGCAUCAUCGCUGCUGAUUGCUACUGGAUGAGGGGCCAGCACGAGAAUCUCGCUCGCACAAUGCAGUGCUUCCUAGCCCCCGGGGGCCAUGUGUGUGUAGUCGCAGCGCUUCAUACAGGCCGAGCUACCGUCGCACACUUCUUCGAAACUGCUCUCAAGAACGGCCUCAGAAUCGAAAGGAUUUUUGAGCGGGAUAUCAUGGCAAAAUAUGACGAUGGCCGUGAGAUUCGACGGGAAUGGUUGCCCAAGCGAGACGGCGAGGGCCCUGGGACUCGUGCAAGGUGGUGCAUUAUUUGCGUAUUGAGACGGGCCGAGGAGUGA